UUGGACCGGGUCGGAGGUAAAAAUCACCGGCGAGGGCCUGAGCUGGGAAGGGCAUGGAGGGGUACCGCGGUGCCGAGUGCGACAGGGCAUCUGAGACCUCAUCCUUUGUAGAGGAUGAAGAAGAAGAGGAAGAGGAGGAGGAGGAGGAAGAAGAGGAGGAAGAGGCUGUGGACCCGGAGGAAGCAGAGGAGCUGACUAACAGUUUAAAAGAUCUUAUCCAAAGUGAAGAUGUGAAACCCAAGCUGCAGUACAUCAUGACUAACCCUUCCUUUUCUAUGGUAACUGUUCAAAGUGAAGACAGUGGGAUAACCUGGGAAACCAGCUCGAGUAGAUGUUCUACUCCCUGGGCCUCAGAAACUAGUACAACUUCUGAUCUUUACAGUAUGGAAAGUUCACCAGUAGGUUCUCCUCCAGGAAAAGUAAUCUUUAUUAUGGAUGAAGGUAAGAUUGUUCGGAAAAGGAAGUGCAAAGCUUCAAAUAGGGUGCCAAUAGCUACAAGCCUGAAGGGACGCCAGAGCAAUAAGAAACGUGACUCUUCUGGAAUGCAGAGGCAAGAAACAAGAACUGUUCUAGGAGAUGUGCAAGCCUCCGUGUUGAAUGUUGAGCAGGUGGAAGCACAAGACACAGAUGAGGAAAUGUUGGAUGACAAAGAAGAUCUAGAGAACAUCACAGAAGAGCCAGUAAAACGUGCUCCGAUAAGAUCAAUAUUUAGAGAGAGCAGACUGAGGAAAGUAGGACCGAUCCUUGGAGGACCAGUACAAGCCAGAAUCCAGCUGUUCAACUCAAUUUUUGGCAGGAUGGGGCCAGCCCCUGAAACACUGGAGAAAACCAGUAUCCAGAGAAGUAGCUCAGUUUCAGGGGAUUCUGAACAGUUCCUUGAUACAUCAGUAAAAGAAAGACUGCAGAAGUUCAGUUCACUUUCAGAAGCAACACAUCCAAAACCUUACCAGAGAGCAAGAAGUAGAUAUCUUGAAACACCAUCGGAGAGAAGAAGGGAGCAAAGGCAACAACCCACAGCACAUGCAGAUCAAAGUUAUUCUUCACCAACAACACCCUUUGAAAAAUGGCUUGCUAGUAAAGAUGAUGUUUCAUCUGAAAAUACUAAACCCAUUAAAAUGAAAGAUAAACAUAGCAGAUUUUUAAGCUUUGGUGCAGAAACAACUCUUCAACAUGAAGAAGGAAAAGACAGACAAUCACUUUCAGAGACUCCAGAUGAGGUAUUGGGACAUUCACUGAAAUCCUGGCCUCCUGAAGAAGCCACGAAGGAACAGAGUUAUUCACCUGCAUCCAAAGCAUCAAUAACAGAGCAAACAGUGUCCAUUUCAUUAGAGUCUGAUGAUAAAUCAGAGAAACAAGUGCCACUUCCCUCAGCUGAAAAUGCAAACAAGAAACCAGACAACUCCCUGAUGACAGCAUCAGAUCAUCUGGAGGAACCAAAGGAGCAGGAAAUUCAGCCUGCUUCUGCACCACAGUCUGUUUCAGGAGAUUUUGUUAAUGAAUUAGACAGACAAAGUGCUCAGCCUAUUUUGCCUACAACAUCCAUGUCUGAGCAUCCUGAGGGGAAAGCACAGAAGUCAACAAUUCAGUCUUCCUUACCUAGUGCUCCAUCAGCUGAAUCCAAAUAUUCCACUCUAUCUGAAAUAAGACAGGAAGAUAUUAUUCUUAAGUCAUCAGAAAGUGCACAAUCUGAGUCUGAGCACGUGCUUUUACCACAUUCUGUAGAUGAAACAGAGAAGCAAGAAACUGAGUGUCACUCGUCAAUAACUGCACUGUCAGAAACUGAGCCUUCAUGUCUAUUGUAUUCUGCUGAAAAAAGGGAGGGUCAAAAGACACCACCACUGGAAACCCAAACUGUUCACUUAGAGAAGCAAACAAAGUCUGAACAAGACUUUUCCUCCUCCCUUCAGGAAACAGAGGAGCAAGGAGUUAAACUAAAUUCACCUAUUCCUGAAAAGAUAGAUUCUAAAUAUUUCAGCAUUGCAUAUCCUGUUCAUACAGAAACAGAAGAAACUCAGAGAACUUCAGCUAUAAAUAAAGCAGUAGAUUUGUAUCACCCUGAUUCUUCCAUUGAAAAAAACAAACAAGCAGAGAGUGCACAAAUGGAGAUGGAGCAAUCAGAUUUCUCAUAUUCCAGCAAAGAAAUUGGGGAAUCAGAGAGAACACAAAUGGAGAUGGAGCAUCCAGACUUUUCUUUUUCCAGGGAAGAAAUGGAGGAAUCUGAAAGUGCACAGCUAGAGAGAGAGCAUCCAGAUUUCUCAUAUUCCAGGGAAGAAAGAGAGGAAUCGGAGAGCGCAAAACCGGAGACAGAAGAUCCAGAACUACUUUUUGCUGUUAAAGAAACAGUGGAAUCAGAGAAAGCACAGCUGGAGAUGGAGCAUCUCUAUUUCUCAUAUUCCAAGGGAGAAACAGAAGAAUUAGGACGUGCCCAACUGGAUACAAGGCAUUUAUAUUCCAUGGAGGAAAUGGAGAAUGCACAAUUGGAGACAGAGCAUCCAGAAUUUUUCUCAAAGAAAGAAACAGAAGAAUCAGAGAGUACACAGAUGGAGAUGGAGCAUCCAGACUUUUCUUUUUCCAGGGAAGAAAUGGAGGAAUCUGAAAGUGCACAGCUGGAGGCAGAACAUCCAGAUUUCUCAUAUUCCAGAGAAGAAAUGGAGGAAUCUGAAAGUACACAGCAGGAGAUAGGUCAUCCAGACUUUUCUUUAUCCAGGGAAGAAGGGGAGGAAUUAGAAAGCACACAGCUGGAAAUAGAACAUCAGGAGUUUUUAUCUUCCAGGGAAAAAACAGAAAACCAAAAAUCUGUUCCUUUUGAACUGGAACAACCAGAGUCUUAUUCCCCUGAAGAAGCAGAGCAAGAAGAAACAGCACAGCUUGUGCUGGUGCCUUCAGAUUUACCAUAUUUGAUGAAAGAAGCAGAAAAAGAAAGCACUACAAAACUCCAGUUGGUACAUCCAGAUAUAUUUGAUUCCACCAGAGGAGCUGAGACACAGCAAGCAGGGUACUUGGAAACAGCAUGUUCAGGUUUACCAUAUCCCAUGAAUAAAACAAACCAACAAGAAUUGGCACAGGCAGAUUUGGACAAUUCUCUUACACCAUAUUUUGGUGACAAAGGAGAACAGCUGCAUCCUGUACAGCAGGAUUCCCAGCCUGGAGGUAAGCCGUGUUCCUGUGCCAAGGGAAUGCAAGGAGAAACUUCUCAACCGCAGUCAGACCAUGCAGUUUUGUCAUAUUCUACUGAAAAAGAACAGCAGCAUAAAACCUCACAGCUGAGGGCAGAACAGCUGGAGACUUCAUACUCCACUGGCAAAACAGAACAGGAAACAUUGCAACCAAAGCCGGAACAAGGAGAUUCACCAUAUUCCCAGGGAGAAACAGCACAAGAAAUUGUACAAAGAGAUUUGGAAGUUUCAGAGUCAUCAUAUUUUAUUAGUGAAGCAGAGCAACGUGCAAAUGUACAACUAGUUUCAGAAAAUAGGGACUUCUCAUUUGCCACUAGAGAAGUAAUGCAAAAGGGAGUGGAAUCAGAAUCUUUAGGAUCUUCACAGUCGACUGACAGAACAAAGCCCUGGAAAAUGGUACAAAUGGAGCAGGAGGAGUUGCUUUCCUUCUGUUCCACUGCUGGUAGUCAGCAACAGGAAACACCACCACUGGAUGUGGCCCUGCCAGAUAUAUCAUAUUCCUCUGGCAGAAUGGAAGAACAAGAUAUAGUACGAAGAGAGCUGGAACAGCAGAAAACAGUCCAACAAAAAGUUAUGGAAAUGGAAUAUUCAGAUUUGUCAGAAACCUGGGGGAAAGAACAGCUGCAGGUCAUAGACCAAAUUAAUUUGGCGCAGCAAGAAAUAGCUCAGCCAGAAAUAGUGCAUCCGUCUGUGCCAUAUUCUUUACGUGAACAAAUGGAAGAAGAAAUACAAGCAGAGACGACAUACCCAGAACAGACGUUUUAUGUAAGUACAGAAACGCAGGAGGAAAUUACACAACACAAAUCAGAGCAACCAUUUUUUUCAUAUUUUACUGGCAAAACAGAGAAACCAGAAAUAGUACAUCCAGAACUAGAACAAACAUCUUUGCCAUCUUCCAGUGGAAAAGAAGAUCCACUGGAAAUGGAAAUAAGUUCAGAGUAUCCAGAUCUGUCAUAUUUCAUUCAUGAAGCUGAACAACAGAAGAAGUUGAAACAUCCAACCUUACCAUUUUGUUUGAAGCAACAAGAAACUUCACCACUGGUGAUGGAAUGUCCAGAUUUUUCAGGCAACAGUGGUGAAGCAAAACCAGACAACAUCAUAGAGCAGGAUUCAGGACAUCCAGAGCUCUCAUACACCAUGGGAGAAACACAACAACAAUCAGAACAUUUGGAUUCACAAGGAAGCCUUGGUGAAGCAGCACAAGAUGAAAGUAUGGAAGUGGAAUCUAAAUACCCAAAUCUGUCGUGUUUUUAUGGCAAUAGAAACAAGCAAGAAACUUCACAACUGGAUUCAAAAUAUCCAGAUUUAUCACUUUCCUUUGGUAAAGCCAAAGAGCAAGCUGCUCAAGAGUUUGAACCUAAACAACAAGAAUUGCCUAAAGUGGCCAGAAAAAGAGCUUCCCCAGCAACUGCACAAACAGAACAUCCAGAUUUGACAUAUUCCCCUGGCAAAGCAAAUGAGUCAGAAAUUGCAACAUGGGAAAUGAAGCAUCCUGACUGGUCACAUUCCACUGAUGAGACAAAACAACAAGAAGUAGUACUGUUGGAUCAGAAACACAGAAAAAUUUCUACUGGCAGAGAAAAGCAGCAGCAAACCACAAAACUACAGCUAGAGCAAGAAAAGUUAUCACACUUUCCUGGUAAAACAGAGCAAUUAAAACAUGCCCAGGAGGACUUGGACCAACCAGAUUUGUCAUUUUCCAUUGACAGGCCAGAUGAUGAAAUGGCCCCACAAGAGGCAGAGAACCCUGAUGCGACAUAUCAUCUGGACAACGCAGAGGUUCAGCAAAGAGUACAACAAGAAACAGAGCAAACUUAUUUCUUAGGAAAAGCAGAACAGAAGAGAGUUUGGCCAGAAGUGGAAAUUCCCCAUUUGGCCCAUUCUGUGGAUACAGGAGAAGUAGCAGAAGAAAUGGCAGAAGCAGGGCAGGGACAUCCUGACUUGUCUUAUUCUGUUUUAAAAGCAGGAGGAUUGCAAACUGCACAGCUGAAACCUGAACACUCUGGUCUAGCAUGUUCCCUAAACAAAGUGCAGAAAAUGACCCAGCUGGGGUUGGAACAGACAGAUGCAUUGUACAUUCAUGACAAAACAGAGGAACUCCCACCUUCUCAGCUGGAGCUGAGCCAUGCAGACUUGGCAUCCCCUCCCAACAAAGUGGGGCAGCGAGGGAUGGAGCACACAGCCGUGGGAUGCCCUGAUGAGGGACAGUCUGUCAGCAGAGAAGAGCAUCCACAAGCUGCGAAAGAGAAACUAGCAGCUCCAUCUAAUAGUGGCAAAACAGAGCAAAGAAAAAUGGCAAAACCAGAGCCAAAGCAUCAUGAUUUAUCAUAUUCUAUUGAUAAAACACAAACACAAGAAGCUACACAACCGGUGUUAGGAAAACCAGAUCUAUCAUCUUGGCCUGGCAAGACAGAGCAAGAGAAGCCAGACUGCUUGCAUUCUUUCAAAAAACCCGCACAAGGUGAGAAAGCACAGCCAGAAUUGGGGCAUUUGCAGUUAUCUUAUUCUGUUAGUGAAGCAGAACAAGAAACUGCACAUGCAAAAUCAAACUGUUCAGAUUUAUCUGCUGGCAGAUUAGAACACCAUAAAAUCAUACAACCAGAGGUAGAAAUAAUGGAUUUAUCAUGUUCAAUUGGUGAAAUACAGCAAUCUCAAAUUGCUGAAGAGGAUUUGGAGUAUCCAGAUUUGUUGCAUUCUGCCAGCACAGUACAGCAGCAAGAAAAGUUUCAACCAGAACAAGAACAGCGAGGUAAUUUUUCAUCAUCUCUCAGGAAAGAAGAGCAGUGGGAAGGUGUAGAAAUGCAGGCAGAACACCCUGAGCUCCAGUGCUCUAUGGGGAAAACAGGACUGCAAAAAUCCCAAGCAAAAUCAGAAUAUGCAGAUUUGUCAUUCUCUGUUGGCACAGGAGAACCUUGUACAAGACAUCCAGAGUUGAAAGAACAUGACUUGUUCCAUUCUUCUGUCAAAACAAAGCCAUCAUGGGCUGCCCCACUGGAGUCUGAACAUCCAGACAUCUCGGAUGCCCUGGGCAAAGUACGGCACCCUGAUUUGUUAUCUCCUGUUAGUGAAGAAAAGCGAAGUGCACGACUGGAGGUCAAACAGGAGAGGGGAAGCUAUACAUUAUACCCAGAGGAAAGAGUACAACUGAAAUUGGAACAGCCAAUGUUUUCAAGUUCUCAUGGCACAGCAGAGCAACUAAAUAGGGCCCCACUGGAAGGGGAAUUCCCGGACUUUUAUUCCUCUGGGAAAAAAGAUCAGCAAGAAAUGGUGAAACAAGAGUUGGAGCAUUCAGAUUUAUCAUAUUCUACUGAUAAAACACAGCGCCAAGAAACUUUGCGACCUGGAUUAGGACAAACAGAUUUAUCAUCUUACCCUGGGAAGACAGAGCAACCACAAACUGUUCAAGGGGAAGCGGAGAAUCAAGACUUGCUCCAUUUCACUAGCAAAACAGAACAACGAGGAACAGCACAAACAGAGGUUGAGUGUCCAGAUAUGUCAUAUUCCAGCGACAAAUUAGAGCAGCCACCAGCUACACAAUGGAAAUCAGAGCAGCUUGUAACACCUCAUCCUACUGGAAAAACAGAGCAACGAAUGACACAUCCAGAGCAGGAACUUCCCAAGCAACAAGAUUUAACAUAUGCCCUUGGUAAUACGGAUGAAAUGCAAACUGUGCAAUGUGAACUGAAACAUGCAGGUUUGUUGCAUUCUUCUGGUAAAAGAGAACAAGAAAUGGUAUUGCCAGAGUUGCGACAUCUGCAGCAGUCUUACCCUGUUAGAGAAACAGAAGAGGAAGCUCCCCAUCAAAAAUCAGACUAUCCAGAUUUGUCAUAUUCUAUUGGUCGACAAGAGCACCAUGAAAUUGAACAACUGAAGGUAGAAGAAAUUAAUUUAUUAUAUCCAUCUGGCAAAUCAGACCGCUCACAACCAGCCCAAGAAAUACUGCAACAGCCAGAGCUUUUGGAGUCCUUCAGCAAACUAGAAGAAAAGGGAAUGGCCUACCCUGGCUUUUUGCCCUCCCUUGGUGAAGAAAAACAGAAACCAGCUUCACAAUUAGACCCAGUGCAACCAGGUUUAUCACACUCACUUCCCAAAACAGAAAACCAGGAAACUGCACAAGCAGAGUUUGUGCCUUCUGAUUUUUCAUAUUCCACAGGAAGAACAGAACAUUUGCAAUCAGAACGACUAAAAUCAAAAUGUCCAGAUUUGUCAUAUUCUCUUGGCAAAGCAGAGACUCAUGGAAUUAAACGACCAGAUUUAUUGUACUCCUAUACCAAAGCAGAGCAAUCACAGACUGCCCAGCUGGAGCAUCCAGAGACAUCAUAUUUCACAGGUGAAAUGGAGUGGAAGGAUGGGGCCCAAUGUGAACGGAAAUGCAGUAAUUUGCAGUACUCUGUUGUUGAAACAGAGCAACCAGAAACACCAUCUGUAUCACGUAUGUUUGACAGAACCAAGGAGCUGGGAACUUCACAACUGGACUUUGAACAAUCAGAUUUAGUAAGUCCUACUGACAAAGGACAAAAGCAUGAAACAGCCCCACUGAGAGCAGGGCAUUCAGAGGAGCAAGACAGUGGGCCUACUUCAUCUCUAACUGCUCAGUUGGAAACUGAACAACCACAUUUAUCCUCUUCCACUGAGGAAGUAGAGAUACAAAAAAUGCAACUGUAUUCAUCUCUCCCUGAACCAACAGUGUCUGUAGCUUUGGGUGUUUCACAUUCUGUCUCUGAAGCAAAACCAGAAGGAAGUACGAAGUCCUCACCUGUAACUGGAGAUCUGUCCCCCAAGCACUUAGAUUUAUCUUACACCCACUGUAAAACAGAGCAGUCAGAAGCUGCCCAACCUGAGUCAGGUUUCUUCUUUGCAAGAAAAGAAGCAGAGGAUAAAAAAAAUCAUCUACAUUUGCCUGUGGCUGCACAGUCAGAGGCUGAACACAUAAUUUUGCCUGAAACAGAGAGAGAACAGGCUCCACAUUACUUCCACACAGCUACGCAAUUAGAAUCUGAACAAUUAAAUUUAUCAUAUUCUACAGAUAAAGCAGAAUCUCUAGAAAAUGAAGAUUAUUUAACUUUACCUUCAAAACUGGAGUCUGAACCAUCAGUUCGGUUUUAUUCAGUUGAUGAAACAUAUCAGCAAGAAAUUCCACCUUAUUCAAAACCAGCCUCAGAGUAUUUGUUUCCCACACAGUCCCUUGCUGAACAAGAAAAGCAAAACAUGCAGCCACUUAUUCCCAAGUCUACACAACCCAAGUGCAAACAUGUAAUUCCACCAUAUGAUGAAAAGGAAUUGCAAAAAGUUCAACUCUGUUCACCUAAAACAACAAGUUUGAAGACAGUGCAGUCAGAAGGUACGCCUCUAACGCACACACAAGACCAAGAUGAGCAAGAAUCUCCAGAUCAUUUGUUGGACACAAACUAUUUGCCAUCAGAGCAGUUAAGAAGUACCCCCAAAUUCACUACUGAGCAGGAUAAGCAAGAAAUGCAACCUAAUGUUCAGGCAGUGCCAAGGUCGGUGACCACAGAGUCAGAAGUGACUGCUGUAGCAGACCAGCAAGCAGGGUCAUCAGAUUCAUUUGUUCCUUUUUAUACAUUACCUGAAAAAUUAGUAUCAGUGGCUUUCACUAACAAUGAAGAGAAACAAAAUAUGCCAUCAUCUUUAUCUGAUGUAGUAGGCAUGCCUGGGAAGCAAUCUGACAUAGUUUCAGGCAUUUAUACUGAAGGACAGGAUAGACGUGAAAUGCAUCAAUAUUUUGCAGACCAGAAGCAUACAUCCUUAGAGCAUCUGGGAGCUGCUUCAUCGGAUCUUCUCAAUGAAACGGUGCUACAAAAACCUCAGCAUUAUUCUGGUGAAUGGGGCAGCCUUUCUUCAGGAGAGAUGAAGUCUACUAGCUCUAGUUCUGAUGAAAAGCAGAAUCCAGAUAUUCCAUCUUUGGGGCUAGCUAGCUGGCUGGCAGAAGAGGUGAAAACUCAUUCAAUCAGUCCAAUAAGAGCUGCAGAAGUAGACAGGCAAGGAAUUCAGGUUUCUCCAGAUAAAGCUUCUCAUUUUGAAUCAAAACAAUUCCCAGCUGAAUGUUGCACAGAACUUACAGUUCAUGGCACUACAAAGAAUAAAGUACAUACGUUUACAGUUUCUGAUUCAAUGUCAAGCAAAGUUUCCCACAGAAGGUCCUCAGAUACUAGUCACAGAAUGCAAAGGUAUGAUUUACCAUCUCUGGUAGGAGAUAACCCAGGUCCAAACAAAGCUUCAGAGUGUGAAACUGCAAAAAUUGAAGUAAUGCAACAUCCAGAGGUGGACAAAGUGUCUAAAGUGCCUGAACAUUACCUGAGAGGAGAAGAGGAAGAAAUGGAACAUGUGAGCACUGUAGAAGACAGUCAGCAUGCUCCAGAGACUACUGAACAAAAAGAUCUUUUUAAUAUAAUAUCAGAAGGUUAUGAGAUACUCAAUAUUCAUGCUCCUACACAUAUUUCUUCUGUUGAUCAAGAAGAAAGUGAACACAUGCCAGAUAAACUGGAAUACUUGGAAACAAACCCUUCAUUUAAAAGAAAAUUAGCUGAUGAUGGCCAUAGACCCCUAGCUUCUGGGACAGCCACAGAAAUUUCAGAAGGCUCGGUGUUGGGAAAGCCUGCAAGCCAUGAACUAAAAUAUUUGGUCAAAAAUGAUCAUGUUGAGGAAACUGGAGGAACACAAGAAAAAAAUCCUGUGUUACCGGAAAACAAUAAUAGUGCAGUUUUGGAUCCUAGUAAUGGUAUGGCCGAUAUGGAUUAUUUCGAAAAAUAUACAUUAAUUGAUGACAAAACCCCAAUUAAGCCACAUUUUGAAAGACCAAGUUCAUUGUUUAAUGUGACAGAAGAUCCCAAUGAACCUGUGGAAGAAGCCGUGUCUUUUAAAGAAAGCACUGAGGUAGAUACUUUGGAAGAGGAUUUUUCAUUACUUGAGGAUCUGGAUGAAGUCUUUUAUGGUACUGCGAAAGGAGAAAACAAAAUGCAGUCCUAUGCAGAUGCUCCAAAACCUUUACAUCUGCAGAAAUCAAUUGAUAUUAGCAGUAAAAAGGUUACAAAUGUAGAAGAUGAACGGAAAUCACCAGGGACCCCGCUCUUUGAUUCGGAAGAAGGCGUGCUGGAACGAUCUCUGUUGUUCCCUACCACUGUUGCUGCAGUUAAUCCAGAGCUCCUAGAGGAGCCACCUGCUCUGUCGUUUCUGUACAAGGACCUCUACGCAGAAGCAGUAGGAGAAAAGACAAAGGAUGAGACACCCUCUGAUGAGGAAAGUGGUAAUUCUAAUGCAUCUUUCCCUAGUAGAAAUUCAGACACAGAUGAUGGAACAGGAAUAUAUUUUGAAAAAUACAUUCUUAAAGAUGAAAUUCCAAGUAAGGCCAUAAGGCCUCAAAAGGAUCAGAUACCAGAGGAUGAGUCUUUUAGUGGAGGAAUUUCAGUUCAGAGUUCAGAGGACAAACACAAGCAGGGGUCUGGUGAUGUCCAGUGUGUCAGGACUGAGGUUCUGCCAGAAAGGAGUGUUGUGAAGAGUGAGAAAGCCCAGAUUGACAGUGACAUUCAAGCAACAAUUUGUAAACCAACGCAUGCUAUUCCUUUUGGAAGCAGAGUAAUUCUUUCAGGUACGAGAACUGAUGCCACUGAACAAAGAGAAGAAGAAAAUGUACCUGUAGAAACAACUGAGGAGUUGCCAGAGCAAUCAAGUCAAUUAGUGGAUUAUCGGGGAGCUGCAUAUCAAGAAGCUGGUAGUAAGCAGGAAGAACAGCAUGAUGCAACAGCAGUUCCUCAAAUGGAAAAGUACAUCCCAUAUGUCAGGACUCCUGUUGAAGACAGUGAAGAUGUUCUGUAUACUCAGGAAAAUCUUCCCUGUAUCCCUAGCAUUCAGCAAAUAGAGAAGCCAGACUGGCAAAAAGAGAAGAACCCUGAUGUUUAUGAAGAUCUUGCUGAAUCAAUGGACUACGAUGUGAUUACACAAGAAGAACUUUUGCAAGAUGAAAUAUCAUCUCAAUUAACACAUGAGGAGCUAUUAUUUGAAGACAGAGACUCUUCUGAGCAUGCUGGUGAUAGUUAUGAAUUUGUUAGUGAGACAGAGCAAAGAAUGCCUGUUGAGCUUGAAGAUUCAGGCUUUGUGCUGAUGUAUCCUGAAAAAUCGGCAACAAACAUUCCUCAAGUUGAGAGCCCACAAAGAGAACUGAAGAAAGUGCCAGCAGACACAUAUUGUUACCACUGCAAACGCCCAAUAUCUGCUAUUGACAAGCUUUUUGGAGAACAUAAAGACCAUGAAGUCACAACACUAGAUGAUGCUGCAACCAAGAUGAAGGAUCAGUUAAGUGAAUUGCUAAUAGCACUGGAAGAAAAGUCAAUGAAGAUUGAAGAGUUUGUGAGUGAUAUUGAAUCACUGUUUAACUCUGUUGAGGAAAACUGUAAGAAAAAUGCAGAGUUAUUGGAAAAGCAGAAUGAAGAGAUGCUUACAAAAGUGGUAGCACAAUAUGAUGAGAAAUCGGAGAACUUUGAGGAAGUGAAAAACAUGAAAAUGGAGUACCUGUAUGACCAGAUGGUUAACUUCCAGCAAACUGUUGAUUCAGCGAAGGAAACUUUGGAAACAACAGUAAAAGAAAUGGAAGAACUCGAUGGGUUUGUUUUCCUAAAUUCAUCUAAAGAAUUGAAUAAAAGGUUACUUUCUGCAAUGGAUACUACCCUCUCUUUAGAAAAGCUGCCCAGUGCUUUUUCACUAUUUGAGCGCUAUGCGGACAGUCCAGGACAAAGUAACCAGCACUCCUUAAAACAUGUGGCUGUCCCACAGACACCGACUGUCAUACCUCAGGAACCAGACUCAGCCACCAGCACCUCCAUUGCUGUCUACUGGGCUGUGAAUGAUGGGGAUGCCAUAGACUGCUUCCAGGUCUACUGUAUGGAGGACCCACAAGCUAGCAAAGAUGCAGUAGCUUUGGUGGAAGAGUACAGAGUUACGGUGAAGGAGAGCCACUGCAUUUUGGAGGACCUGGAGCCAGAUCGCUGCUACAGUGUAUGGGUCAUGGCUGUGAAUGGCACAGGCUGUAGCUUACCCAGUGAAAAAGCCAUUUUUAAAACGGCACCUGCUGUACCCACCAUCAAGGCCGAGGACUGCACAGUCUGUUGGGACACAGCCACUGUUCGCUGGCGCACCGGCUCAGUGUCAGCAGAGUCCUUCACCCUGGAGUACUGCCGACAGCACUCGCCAGAAGGAGAGGGUCUCAGAACUUUUGCUGGUAUAAAGAGACCUGAACUGAAAGUAUCCCUGGAGCCCAAUGUGAACUAUUUCUUCUACUUGAGGGCUGUCAACCCAUUUGGGACAAGUGAACAAAGUGAAGCAGCUCUCAUCUCAACUAAAGGAACUCAAUUUCACUUGCUGAGCAACACAGCCCAUCCUGCUUUGCAAAUCUCCUCCAAUGCAAUGGUGAUCUGCCUUCCCGAGAAAACCAAAUUCACUGGGUUUCCUUCAGUGUUGGGUGAACUGCUGCCUGCUCGGGGAUGUCAUUACUGGGAAAUUGUUGUCUCUGCUUGCAGAAGCUACAGGAUUGGGAUUUGCUAUGAGGCAAUAUCACAAAGCAGCAUCCUGGGGCUAAGUGAUACCUCCUGGUGCAUGUGGUGCUGUCUUACACAAACCAGCUUUCUUUACAGAUUUCUUCACACUGGUGUGAUGAGCGAUGUCCAUGUGACAGAACACCCAGCCAGGAUUGGCAUCCUGUUGGAUUACAGUGGCGGCAGACUGUUAUUCUUCAAUGCAGAGAGAGGACUUGUGCUGUUCACCAUCAGACACAAAUUUACGGAUGCUGCUCACCCAGCCUUUGCCCUGGAGAAGGCAGGAGCACUCACCCUGCACACCGGCAUGGAGCUGCCAGAGUUUGUGAAGCACAGCUAAUCCCUUGCUUCACAUCUUUAGGAAGACUGAUAAUUACAGUGUCAGGGGAUAAGGAGGAGAAAGGGGAUGUCAGAGGGAGAUGUCUAGUUUUCACCAAUAAAUGCCAUGCACAAAGCUCUCCCCCACAUAAUCAGUAACUGUAGUUAGUGCUCAGCCACAUAAUCACCUUGAGCCUGGAGAGAAAAUCAGCUCCUUCAGAUAGAGCAUGCAUCUAGUGAUAUACACAGAAGUACUUUUGAGGGGAAAAAAAAGUUUUGUUAGAUAUGAACAUUAAGAGGGGGGAAAUGUACUUUCCCUGUGAAAAUAAUGUCAGUGCUAGCUGUCUUUUUAAAGUUGAUGAUAAGCCUGUGUAUAAAAUAAAUGCAUCUCUCACUGCAA